GUGACUGGACUUGCGGUGGGCUUGCAGGGCUCCGCCGCGCUGCCGGUAGUGUUAGCUGGGUACCGGAGGGCGGAAGUACAGCUGGGCUCGGCUCCGACCUCCGCGACAGUGCUUUCUGCGGCUGCGCGGGCUUUCCGGACUCCUUGCUCCAGCGUCUCUGCAGGACAGUGUGUCAGGCAGGCAGAACCCGGUGCUGAGCGUCUUCACCAGUGCGGGAAGCCGGAGGGGAGCCAGCGCUUCGGUUUGGCUUUGAUUGAAUAAAGAAUUUAGCCUAUAUGUACUGCUUCAACCCCUGGAAGAAUGACAGAUGACAAAGAUGUACUCCGAGAUGUGUGGUUUGGACGAAUUCCAACCUGCUUCACUCUGUAUCAAGAUGAGAUAACUGAAAGGGAAGCAGAACCAUACUAUUUGCUUUUGCCAAGAGUAAGUUAUUUGACGUUGGUAACUGACAAAGUGAAAAAGCAUUUUCAGAAGGUGAUGAGACAAGAAGACAUUAGUGAGAUAUGGUUUGAAUAUGAAGGCACACCCCUGAAAUGGCAUUAUCCAAUUGGUUUGCUAUUUGAUCUUCUUGCAUCAAGUUCAGCUCUUCCUUGGAACAUCACAGUACAUUUUAAGAGUUUUCCAGAGAAAGACCUUCUGCACUGUCCAUCUAAGGAUGCAAUUGAAGCUCAUUUUAUGUCUUGUAUGAAAGAAGCUGAUGCUUUAAAGCAUAAAAGUCAAGUAAUCAAUGAAAUGCAGAAAAAAGAUCAUAAGCAGCUUUGGAUGGGACUACAAAAUGACAGAUUUGACCAGUUUUGGGCCAUUAAUCGGAAACUUAUGGAGUAUCCUGCGGAAGAAAAUGGAUUUCGUUAUAUCCCUUUUAGAAUAUAUCAGACAACAACUGAGCGCCCUUUCAUUCAGAAACUGUUUCGUCCUGUGGCUGCAGAUGGACAGCUACAUACACUGGGUGAUCUCCUCAAAGAAGUUUGUCCUUCUGCAAUUGCUCCUGAAGAUGGGGAAAGAAGGAAUCAAGUGAUGAUUCAUGGAAUUGAGCCUAUGUUGGAAACACCUCUGCAGUGGCUAAGUGAACAUCUGAGCUAUCCAGAUAAUUUUCUUCAUAUUAGCAUCAUCCCCAAACAAACAGAUUGAAGCACCAAUUCCUGGCGUGGAUGGAAUCGCCCUGAAACAGGAUUUACCAGAGCAUGUCACUCUUUGAUUCAAUCAGGUUUGGUGGAGGCAACCUGACCAGAAACACUUUGCUGCUGCAAGCCAAGCAGGAGAUUCCAUGUCAGAUAAGGCAACUGGGCUGGUCUUGCUUUGCAUCACCACUGCUUUCCUCCACUGCCGUCAUUAAACCUCAGCUUCAUCGUGAAAGACUUAACAGGGCCACUGCAGGUCUUCUGUUUUCUUGUAAAAUAUAAUGAAGCUGAAACCUCUGGCCUGAGGAGACAAUGGAAAUAUGUGCCACUCAGUUUGUAUUUCUGAUUAACAAAUAAACAGGGGUAUUUCCUAAGGUGACCAUGAUUGAACUUUAACUGGAGAGAGUGGAAACAUUGGUUGAAUUUUCAAGAGAAUUAGACUUAAGAAAGUAAAAGAGAAAUUCUGUUAUCAAUAACUUGCAGUAAUUUUUUGUAAAAGAUCAAAUUACAGUAAAACCCAUCUUUCCUUAAUGAAAAUUUCCUAUGUUUACAGUCUGUCUCUUGGUAUGCAAACAAUCUUAUACUUUGAUAAUGAACAGUGAGAGAUUUUUAAAUAAAGCCUCAAAAUAUGUUUUGUCAUUUAAUAACAUACAGUUUUGUCACUUUUAAAGUACUUUCUGAAACCCAUACAGUAAAUCACUUUUUAUUCUGUUUCCAUUUUUCACUGGCAUGGGGUGGAUGUAGGGCAUAGGAUAACUUGUCUCAGGAGCUAUCAUAGAACUUAUUGCUGCCUAUUUUAAAACCUGUGUUCUCUACACACUGAAGCUAUAAAUAAUGUUAAAUGUUUAUCUUUGCUGUUUUAUCAGUGUAAACCUGUCAAAUCAUAAUAUGCUAAGCAUCUGUAUAAAAUAAUUUUGCAUAUUUGGAAAAAUUCAUUCCUUUUCAACCUCAUGUUUUUCAUUAUCUCCAGGACUAAUAUUUCACUGUGGUCCCCUGGCAGCCAGUCUUUGAAGUCUGAAGAUUACCUAUCUCUUGAAUGCAGUAGCUUUUCCUUAACUUUACCAAAAAUAUCCAGAGGUUACUGGAGUUCUUACCCACUAUAAGGAAAGUUUGCUGCACUUUGUCAUAGGCUGCUGGGAUUCUACCAACUAAACAUAUUUGUGUAUUACCAUUGAUUUUUUUGUGAGUUAGCUUGCUGUCCGUAUUGAAUGUCAACCCAUUUGAGUAUGCUGAAAGACUUAUAGUAUCAUACAAGAAUGGUUUUAGAUUACCCAAUAAAAAUGAAUGCUUUUCUUAUAAAAAAAAAUUAUAUGAUUGUUCAAGUGAGA